UAUCAGUGUCGAUGGCAUUUGUUCCCAGCUAUUCUUAGGAGCCUCUCAGAAGCGCCACACAGCCCAGCCGACAGCCAGGGACAGAGCAGAGGCUGUCGCUGUCCGCACCAGCAUGUCUUACAGCGUGACCCUGGCGGGGCCUGGGCCCUGGGGCUUCCGUCUGCAAGGGGGCAAGGACUUCAACAUGCCGCUCACCAUCUCCCGGAUCACACCAGGCAGCAAGGCAGCACAGUCCCAGCUCAGCCAGGGGGACCUCGUGGUAGCCAUCGACGGCGUGAACACAGACACCAUGACCCAUCUGGAGGCCCAGAACAAGAUCAAGUCCGCCAGCUACAACCUGAGCCUCACCCUGCAGAAGUCGAAGCGACCCAUUCCCAUCUCCACGGCAGCGCCCCCGAUCCAGUCUCCUCUGCCAGUGAUCCCCCACCAGAAGGACCCUGCUCUGGACGCCAACCCCGAGGUGCGGGCCGGCCCGGGCCCGGAGGUCAGGCAGGCCUUAGGUGCCUCCUCCUCCCACAUGGAGGCCUCUGACCCGGGUCCUCCUCAGGGCAGCCCGGGGGCCAAGACCAGCUCGGAGGGAGCCCUGCACUCGCUCAGCCCGAAAGCGCCCCAGGGCGCGAGCCAGCCCAGGCAGUAUAACAACCCCAUUGGCCUGUACUCAGCGGAGACGCUGAGGGAGAUGGCUCAGCUGUAUCAGAUGAGCCUCCGAGGAAAGGCCUCAGGUGCUGGACUCCCAGGAGGGAGCCUUCCUGUUAAAGACCUCGCUGUGGACAGCGCCUCUCCCGUGUACCAGGCUGUGAUUAAGAACCAGAACAAGCCGGAAGAUGAGGCUGAUGAGUGGGCCCGCCGCUCCUCCAACCUUCAGUCCCGCUCCUUCCGCAUCCUGGCUCAGAUGACAGGAACUGAGUACAUGCAAGACCCUGAUGAAGAAGCUUUGCGAAGGUCAAGGGAAAGGUUUGAAACGGAACGUAACAGCCCACGUUUUGCCAAAUUGCGCAACUGGCACCAUGGCCUUUCAGCCCAAAUCCUUAACGUUAAAAGCUAAAAGACUGCCUGGAGCCCCCGCCUGCCACUCCCCCCACAGAUCUGGCGUGUGAGCCCCACGGCGAUGCUUGAAUAUGUAGAGCUGUGCUGGCACCUUCGUAGUCAGGGCGGCACUGCACCCCGCACCCCCUCAAUGCAACCCUCACCGCCCCAGACAGCCCGUGUCUCUGCUUCCCCACCCAGGGCCGUACCCAGGGCCGUAGCCAUAGUUCAGAGAGGAUGUGAUGGGGUUUACUGGCCUAACACCCCAGAACCAAGGGAGACAGCUCGCCCCUAGUGGAUUCCCUGCCACCCUCAGUGGCUGGGAGAGUAGCCCUGCCCAGUGCCGUCUGGGAGGAGUCGUCCAUGGAGCAGGGUCCUGGGAGGAGGAGGCUCCCUGCUGCAUUCCCUACCUUGCUGCCCUCUGAGCUGGAGCCCUGGAGGAGGGGGAGCCUAGGGUAGAGGCAGCAGGCCCUCGGCCUGUGGUGAGGCUGGCAUGUGCUCUCCCUCUGUGCCAUGUGCGCUAGCUGCCCAGCCCUCUCUCCGGUACAGAUAUGCAUGCUCAUUCUGAAAUAAAGAGGAUUUGAAAUAACAAAC